AUGGAGGACGGCAGCUCCUGCGCCAGCGGGGACGGCCCCGCCAGCUGGCAGCUGCGCCGCGUGUCGUGGGCGCGCGUGCUGCUGCAGCAGGACUGGGGCAGCGUGCUGAGCACCGCCGUCGUGCUGCUGGCGCUGGGCGUCGCGGAGGGGGUGCUGGGAGGGCCCCGCAGCCGCCCCUUCAUGGUCACAGACGCCACCAUCAGCUACCCCAACGGGGACUCCACCAUCCCUUACUGGUCUGUGAUUGUGGCCUCCCUGGCCGCCCUGCUGCUGUCGGUGCUGCUGGCUGAGCUAUGGUUGGCACGCGGGCUGCACGCCGAUCUCACAGAUGGGCUGGCAGCGGCCCUGCACUUCGCCCUGGACGGCAUCAGCGCCUUUCUGGUCACGGGCCUGGCCACGCAGGUCAGCAAGAUGGUGGUGGGGCGGCUGCGCCCCGACUUCCUCGCCCGCUGCCAGCCGCCCGUGCCCGACCCCCUGGCCGUCCAGUACGGCCUGCCCGCAGCGGCGAACCCGCCCUGUACCGCUCCCGCCUCGCCAGAGCUCACAGAGGGGCAGUACAGCUUCCCCAGCGGCCACACCUCCACCGCCUUUGCAUUCUCGGUCUGGACCGUGGGAUACUGCAUCUGGGCCUUCAACGUGCGGCCGCCGCGCAGGUCGGCGGGCGGCGUGAGGCGGCUGGGUGUGUGGCGGCGCCUGGCACACGAGGCAGCUACCGCGGCCGGCUUCCUAUGGGUGGUGGCCCUGCUGCUCUAUGCCUGGUUUGUGGGGGUGAGCCGCAUCACCGACUUCAAGCACCACCCGUCUGACGUGGCGGCCGGUGCCCUGCUGGGCACCCUCCUCGGCGCCGCCUUUGUGCUGCGUGCCAUCGGCAGGCUGCCCGGCGUGCUGGCUGGGGCGGAGGCGGGCGGGGCAGCGGGCACGCCGCAGCCCGACACCUCGCUGCUGCGCGGCAACCGCGUGCACAACCACGGCGGCGACCUGCCGUCGGUGUGA